AUGUCUGAUAUUCAAUUGGAAAUUUUACAGAAAGUCGAAAAGUUGGGUCAAAUUGACUCAACCUCUGAGCUGUACCCCAGUAUCGAUUCUCAAACCAUGGCUGCUUAUUUGAAUUCUUUGAAAUCCCAUGAAAAGAUCGAUUUCUCAAAGAAAGAUACCAUUUUCUACAGUUUAACUAAAGAAGGUAAUGCGAUCGUGGCCGAUGGUUCUCAUGAAGUGAAACUCUUGAAAUUGAUUGAUCAGUUUGGAAAAUUGCAAAUCAAAGAUGUUGCCAGUCAUCUAGGCGCCGACGGGAAGGUUGGUCAAGCUAGAGCCUUCAAGAACGGAUGGAUUGUAAAGACACCAGAAAAUGAAUUGAAAGUUAGUGACAAAAUUGCAGAUGUCUCCCAAGUGAAAGAUCAAACCAAGGAACAAUUGGAAAAGAUUAAGAAUAACGAACUUUCUGGUAUCAGUGAUAAAGAAGUUGCUGAUCUAAAGAAGAGAAAGUUAAUCACCCCAAGAAAGGAAACUACAUUCAGCGUUGUCAAGGGCAAGGAAUUCUCUACCGAUUUGACUAAGCUGGAGACUGAGAUUACCGCUGAAAUGGUAGCCACAGGUUCAUAUAAGGAUCUAAGGUUCAAAGAGUUCAAUUUCAACUCUCAAGGUAUCGAUCCACAAUCCGGUGCUCUGCAUCCUUUGAACAAGGUCAGAGAGGAAUUCAGACAAAUUUUCUUCUCUAUGGGUUUCACUGAAAUGCCAUCAAACCAAUACGUAGAAUCAGGAUUCUGGAACUUUGACACAUUAUACGUUCCACAACAACAUCCAGCUCGUGAUUUGCAAGAUACAUUUUACUUGAAGGACCCAAUCAAAUGCGAUAUGCCAGAUGAUAGAGAAUAUAUCGCCAACAUCAAAGCUGUACACGAGAAUGGUAAAUUUGAUUCGAUUGGUUACCGUUACAACUGGAAGGAGGAAGAGUGCCAAAGAUUGGUUCUUAGAACACAUACUACAGCAAUAUCUGCUGCUAUGCUUCAUAAGUUGGCCAAAGAUCCAAAACCAACCAGAUUAUUCUCGAUAGACCGUGUCUUCCGUAAUGAAGCUGUUGACGCUACACAUUUAGCCGAAUUCCACCAAGUUGAAGGUGUUUUAGCUGAUUACAAUAUAACGUUGGGUGACUUAAUCCAAUUCAUGGAAGACUUCUUCGCUAAGAUGGGUGUUACGGGGUUGCGUUUCAAACCAACCUAUAACCCAUACACGGAACCUUCAUUGGAAAUUUAUUCAUGGCAUGAAGGGUUAGGCAAAUGGGUUGAGAUUGGUAACUCCGGUAUGUUCAGACCAGAAAUGUUGGAAUCCAUGGGCCUUCCAAAGGAUAUGAGAGUUCUGGGUUGGGGUUUGUCUUUAGAGAGACCUACAAUGAUUAAAUACAAGGUUCAAAAUAUUAGAGAGCUUUUGGGUCACAAGGUUUCUUUGGAUUUCAUUGAAUCGAACCCUGCCGCUAGGUUAGAUGAAGAUUUGUAUGAAUGA